AUGCGCGGGACCCCGAAAACAACCCCCGAUGCCUCCGACAACGAGUCCCUCAUCACAGUCGAAGAAGAGCCGCAGCCUCUCUCCCCAUCAGUUUGGGACCGGCUGCUCUCCAAGGCCUCCCCCCGCACAGCUCUCGAGGCCAUCGCAAAGUUCGGCGAUGUGAUGUCAGGCAAGCGAAAGGCCCCGGACCUAGCCCAGCCGCCAGCCAAAAGACUGCGAGAAGAGACGCGUCUUGUUCCCGGCCUUGCCCUCCCAGUCACCUUCCACCGCUUCCUCCAUGACCUUUUCCGCCUUGACAUGGAAUGCCCACUCUCCCUGUUCACCACUUCCUCUCUCCGCUACAUCGCUACCAACGCCGCCACUCUGCCCACGAAAAAGAUCAACGCGCCCGAGGGUGUCGAUAAGCGGCCCGUCGUCCUGGAUGUGGGCGAUUUUCAGAAGAACGUUCUGGACGAGAACAAUAUGGACCGCGGCCAGUGGAUCGAGGCCAGCAAGAAUUUUCUCCAGUUCAUUAGAGAAGCCCAGCCGGAGCGCCUCCAACGUUUCGCAGACCAUUUCGCCUUUUUCGAGCAGCACCAAGAUGGAGAAGAUUUAUUUCCAGCCAUUCUCAAAACGGAUAUCAAACUCCGCUCCCAAUACACCCUCUCCCCCUUCAUUUUCGACGUCGCUUUCUAUAGCUCCCACCUGCAGACUGCUAUCGUUGACCUGAAGAUUGCCCGCGCUAGGUUCACCCAGCCCGCUGCUCCGCUUCCCCCCCAGGCCCCCCGACUCCCUGCUUCUGCCGUCUUGCGCGUGGGCCGGGGCCCUCUGUUGCGAGGCGGUGGCGGCUUUCCAGCCCGUCCUUCCUUUCGGCCAGGCACCGGGGUGGGAGCGCGCGACCCCGUCUGCCUCAUUUGCGCUAGAUCAGGCCACACGGGCCCAACCUGUUCCUCUAGAUCCCUCCCAGACGGCAAAGCGACUCACAGCGAAUACAAGAACGACUCUAUCGUCACCAAGGUUUCUCGGGAUGCACCCACAACAGAGAGCGUGUGCACCUGUGCUCCUUCUGCGGAGACCGGUCCCACCACGCAUUCAGCUGGUCUUGCCAACGCAACCCCCUCGCUGCCUAAUGACGAAGCAGACAUCUUCUUGCUCUCUAUCUUGCCAUCUCCUGCUUCCGACGACGAAAUUUUCUCCCGAGUUAUCACGCCUUACGACCCAGAUGCUUUCUUCGAUUUGCUGUCCUCGCUCCAUCUUCUUGGCACCCACGGCUCCCUGCCCGACAAACUGCGACGAGGUUUCCCGAUGGGUGAUUUCCCGGUCCUCAACGAGACCAAAAUCUUCCCCAACCACCCUUCAACUGCUGACCACGAUGCCUUUGUAAACGGCUAUCUGCACGAGGAGGUUGAGGCGGGUCGGAUGAGCGGCCCCUUUUCCCAGGAGAAGACAGAGUCGAUUCUCAAGGGCCCCUUCCAAUGUUCGCCAAUCAUCAUCGCGGUCCAACCUCAAGGCCCAGGCGAACCGGACAAACUCCGGCUCUGCCGCCACCUCUCCAAAGGCGACCGUUCCCACCCGUCCACCAACUUUUUCGUCGACAAAGACAAAUUCCCUACCAAGUUCGGUACCGCCUCUGACGUAGCCGAGAUUAUCGCUUCCGCCCCUCCUGGCACCCAAGCCAUGGUCCUCGACAUCGCAAAAUUCCAUAGAACUUGCCCAAUUCUACCUGCCCACAAGCGCUGGUUUGUCCUCCGUGGCCCCAAAGGCUUUUACAUCGAUCAUUGCUGCCCCUUCGGCUGCGCCUCCUCCAGCAGCAAUGCGGGCCUUAUUGGCUCUGCCAUAAUCGAUAUCUGGGUAGCUCUGGGUUUCGCGCCCGCAAACCGUUACGAGGAUGACAUCCUGUCAGUCCGCCAACCAGCAGCUUCUCGCAUCAUCCCUUCAGGCCGCCCUUCCCACUUUUGGUACCCCGCCACCCGAUCUGACGCCCUUCACGCCAUUCAUUCUUUGCAUAUUCCUUGGCACCCUACCAAGUGGACGGAGUAUCUGUUUGAACUGGUAUACAUUGGCUUCCUGUGGAACUUCCCCGACAAGACUGUAGCUCUGCCAGAGGACAAACGCCUCAAGUUCUUGAGGCGUAUCCACGAUUUCCGCUCCAUAUGCAAAUCCGGGAAAUGCCAACUCCUCCACGUGCAGAAGAUUCACGGUUCCCUCUGCCAUCUCUCUUUCGUCCACCCCCAAGGGCGCUCCUACUUGCCGGCCCUCACCUCUUUCAUCAUCGCUUUCGAGGGCAAUACUUUCAAAACCCGCCGCCCCCCGCCCUCAGUCUACUCCUCGUUAUCCUGGUGGGAAACCACCCUCUCUGUCCCUCGAGUCUCGCGCUCUAUUGCCCCGAAGGGUCCACGCCAGGACCGCCUCCUCUACGUUGACGCCUCCACAGCCUGGGGCAUUGGCAUCUGGCUGGAUGGGCACUGGGGCGCCUGGAAAGGCUCGGGCGACUGGAAAUCCCGCCAGCGGCACAUCGGCUGGCUCGAGACAGUGGCCAUCGAGCUGCUCGUUCUCACACUAGAUAGCCUGGACCUCGAAAAUGCCUACCUUCUCGUCCACUCUGACAACCAGGGUGUCAUUGGUGCCUUUGACAAGGGCCGCAGCCGCAAUGCAGACAUUAACCUCUCCUUACGCCGUAUUUUCGUUACCUUAGCAGCCCGUAAUAUUUCCCUUGACUUAGUUUACAUUCCUUCAGCUUCCAACCCCCGCAGACCCUCUCUCGCGGGGUGUUCUCCCAGACAGCGCCUCCCGUAUUUCCCCUCUGCCAUGCCUGCCGCCCGAUCUAGCCUCCUUUUUUGUACCUUCGUGACCGUGAUAAUUACACGUGACCGCGUAACCGGUCUUUUCUCUACUACUAUGUCCAGAGACCUGUCUCACCACCUGCCGCCCCCGGUUCCCAUGCCCCAGCGCCCGGCUCCCGCCGAGAUUGCCUCCCGCCUGCCCUCUCUCACAACACCAACCGAUCUCCUGGCCUCCAUGCCUUCCACGCAACCACGCGUUGAGCCUUUCUCGCACCCGUGCACACGGCCAAACUUCCACCUCCCCCUUCCCUCCCAGCCAAACCUCGCAAGCCCCAAACGUGGAAACGGCAUCGCGCCAAGCGAAUUCCGGCCACCGGCCCUUGCAAAAGACCGCCUCCGGACAUGGUCGUCCCCUUUCUCCCGGGCGAAGGAGGCCGAGCUCAGGGCCUCGCUCCCAGCAGAUGAGGUCAACCGCUUGUACGCCGCCAUCUUUGCAGCCUUUGCGCCAGACACGCAGUCCACUUACGCUGCUGGCCUCCUCCGUUUCCACCAAUACUGCGACAACAUCUCCAUCGCAGAAGAAGCCCGGAUGCCCGCCUCCGCUGCCCUCAUCACAGCCUUUGUCUCCAGACACGUUGGAUUGGUGGGAGGAGACACGGUAAAAUCCUGGCUCUCUGGACUCCGAGCCUGGCACGAUGUCCACCAAGCAGCCUGGCCGGGCAACGAGCCCUGGGUCAAACUCAUCCGCCGCACCGCCAACAAGCAGGGUACCGCUUUCAAAAAGGCCCAGCGUGGCCCGGUCACUGUCCAACACCUGGUUGCCCUCCGCUCCAAACUCAAACUCAACAUUCCCUUCGACGCAGCCGUCUGGGGCCGUGGCUUGCGCAGCCUUUUGGGGAUGCCGCAGCACGGUGGAGCCCGCGCAUCCUCUUUCCACAUUCCCUGGACCAAAUCCACCCGCGAGAGAGACGGCACGGUCAUCCUCACCGACCGCGAUGACCCCCUCUGCCCAGUCGAGGCCCUCCAGAACCACCUUUUUGUCAACGGCAACAUUCCGGGCGAGGCCCCCCUUUUUUCUUUCCGCCAGGCAGACGGUCGCUGGCUUCCCAUGACCAAGCCCUGGUUCUUGACUCGCUGCACAGAAAUCUGGAAAGAAUGCGCAAUGCUUGCAGUGGCGGGUCACAGCUUCCGCAUUGGCGGCUCCACCGAACUCCUUCUUGCCGGAGUCCCUUGUGACAUUGUUGCAGCAACGGGAGGCUGGACCUCCCUUGCUUUCCUGCUCUACUGGCGGAAACUCGAACACAUAAUUGCAAUGGCCGUCGGCAAGGCCUACGACAAGAAGAAAAUCGAGGAGGUGGCCCUUGCUUUUGAUCGCUUCCGCAUCGAACAUAAUAUCACUUUACUUCCCGAAGAAGACUGCUAG